ACUCGCUGAUCACUCCCAGUCCUCCCACUUCCACUUCUCAGUCCUGCUUCACUAGCUACUUCACCAAAACACUAAACCAUUAUGGUGGAAAUUGAAUAAGCACUGAAAGAUUCGAGAAAUUGCAGUGAACAGCAAAAGAGAAGAAAAAAAAUGCAGAUACAGGCUCGGUUUCUGCCGCUGCUCUUCUUCUUCUGCUGCCGCUGCUGCAUUCUCUUCUCUUCUUUGGCUUCUGCCUCCACCGAUGAAGCGGCGACCUUGUUGUCGAUAAAAGCUGGCCUCAUCGAUUCGUUAAACAGUCUUCGAGAUUGGGAAUUGCCCAACAAUUCGGUUGGCAACAGUGCAGCUCACUGUAAGUGGACUGGUGUCCACUGCAACUCAAAUGGAGCUGUGGAAGGACUUGAUCUUUCACGGAUGAAUAUGAGCGGGAACAUCUCGGAUGACAUACAGAGACUGCAGAGUCUUUCACUCCUUAACAUUUCUAGCAAUAGCUUCUCUUUGUUCCCGGAGUCUGUGACGAAUCUUUCGUCACUGAAGAUCAUUGAUGUCAGCCAGAAUUUUUUCAUCACUAGCUUUCCGGCUGGUUUCGGGAGAAUAGCUGGAUUGACAAUGCUCAAUGCCUCGAGCAACAACUUCUCGGGAUUGAUUCCCGAGGAUCUGGGCAAUGUGAGCGCAUUGCAGAUCUUAGACCUCAGAGGGAACUUCUUUCAAGGGUCUAUACCGAAGUCUUUCAAAAACCUGCAGAAGCUGAAGUUUCUCGGCCUAUCUGGGAACAAUCUCACUGGCCAGAUUCCAGGAGAGCUCGGCCAACUCACUUCUCUGGAGAGCAUAAUUCUUGGGUACAACGAAUUCACUGGUGGAAUCCCAGCUGAGUUCGGAAAUCUCACGAAUUUAAGGUAUCUCGAUUUGGCAGUCGGGAAUCUUGGUGGUCAGAUUCCUGCCGCGUUGGGGCAGCUCAAGCAGCUAGAAACUAUGUUCUUGUACAACAACAAUUUUGAAGGUAGUAUCCCGCCGGCAAUAGGAAGCAUUGCAUUAUUGCAAUUGCUUGAUCUCUCGUUCAACCUGUUAUCGGGAGAAGUUCCAGCUGAAGUUGCUCAACUGAAGAACUUAGAGCUCUUGAACCUCAUGUGCAACAACUUGUCUGGGCUGGUACCCCCGGGGAUAGGUGGGUUGACAAAAUUGAAGGUUCUUGAGCUCUGGAACAAUUCUCUGUCUGGUCCAUUGCCAAGUGAUCUUGGCAAGAACUCACCCUUGCAAUGGCUGGACAUCUCAUCCAACUCUUUCUCCGGCGAGAUGCCUGCAAACUUGUGCAGCGGAGGGAAUCUCACCAAACUCAUCCUCUUCAACAAUGCCCUCUCGGGUCAGAUCCCGGUUAGCCUUUCAAGUUGCGCCUCCCUAGUUCGGGUUCGAAUGCAGAAUAAUCUUCUAUCAGGUACAAUUCCAGGAGGAUUUGGAAAGUUACAGAAGCUUCAAAGGUUGGAGCUGGCAAAUAACAGUCUCACAGGUCAAGUACCUAAUGACAUCGCCUCUUCAACAUCGCUUUCUUUCAUUGAUCUCUCCAUGAACAAUUUCCAAUCUUCCUUACCCUCCACAAUUCUCUCCCUCCCCAAUCUCCAAAGCUUCAUGGCCUCGCGCAAUAAUUUCGAGGGAGAAAUCCCGGACCAGUUCCAAGAUUGCCCUUCGCUUUCGGAGCUGGAUCUCUCUUCAAACCAGUUAUCUGGCACCAUCCCAUCAAGCAUCGCUUCCUGCGAAAGGUUGGUCAAGUUGAACCUGAGGAACAAUCGGUUAACUGGAGAGAUCCCAAACGCCAUUGCCAUGAUGCCCACUUUGGCUGUUUUAGAUCUAUCAAACAACUCUUUGACCGGCGGAAUACCCAAGAAUUUCGGGAUGUCGCCCGCCUUGGAAGUGUUGAAUGUUUCCUACAACCAGUUAGAAGGUCCUAUUCCGGCAAAUGGCGUGUUGAGGACCAUAAAUCCCGAAGAUCUUGUGGGAAAUGCCGGUCUAUGCGGUGGGGUACUCCCUCCUUGCUCAGGAAGUUUGGCAUUGACUUCGUUUCGAAGGAGCUCGCACACAAAGCACAUCAUUGCCGGAUGGAUUGUCGGUAUAUCAACAGCUAUGGCGAUUUUCAUAGCUCUUUUCGGCAUGAGAACUCUCUAUCGAAGGUGGUACUUGUCAAAAGGAAGUUGCUUCGAGGAAAGGCUUGAGGUGGAGAGCGGAGAGUGGCCAUGGCGACUAAUGGCAUUCCAAAGGCUCAGGUUCACGAGCACCGAUAUCCUAGCUAGCCUUAAGGAAUCGAACAUCAUUGGGGCCGGAGCCACUGGAACAGUUUACAAAGCCGAGAUAUCGAGGUCUAACACUGUUGUGGCCGUUAAAAAGCUCUGGAGAUCGGGAACAGAUAUUGAAGCAGCAAGCGACGAUGAUCUAGUGGGGGAAGUGAAACUCCUUGGGAGAUUACGGCACCGGAACAUAGUACGUUUGCUCGGGUUUCUUCACAACAAGACCAAUAUGAUGAUCAUGUAUGAGUUCAUGCAAAAUGGAAAUCUUGGAGAAGCAUUACACGGGAAACAAGCAGGGAAUCUACUCGUGGAUUGGGUCUCACGGUACAAUAUAGCGCUUGGCAUCGCCCAAGGGCUGGCUUAUCUGCACCAUGAUUGCCAUCCCCCGAUCAUUCAUCGAGAUAUCAAGUCGACCAAUAUUUUGCUCACUGCGAACCUAGAAGCCAGAAUUGCCGAUUUUGGGUUGGCAAAAAUGAUGCUCCGGAAGAACGAAACAGUAUCGGUAGUGGCAGGGUCCUAUGGAUACAUUGCGCCUGAGUACGGAUACACCAUGAAGGUUGACGAAAAGAUAGACAUAUACAGCUUCGGUGUCGUACUUUUGGAGCUCAUCACAGGCAAAAGGCCUCUAGAUCCCGAGUUCGGAGAAUCCAUUGACAUUGUCGAGUGGAUACGGAGGAAAGUCAGGGACAACAGAGCCCUGGAAGAGGCUCUAGACCCCAACGUAGGAAACUGCAAGCAUGUGCAGGAAGAGAUGCUUUUGGUGCUCAGAGUAGCGGUCCUCUGUACUGCAAAGCUGCCGAGAGAUAGGCCCUCCAUGAGGGAUGUCCUAACGAUGCUCGGAGAGGCCAAGCCUCGGAGAAAGAGCAGUAGCAAUGGCGCCACAAUGUAUGACGCUGGCAAAGACAAGCCGGUUUUCAGCACGUCACCUGUAAAUGGCCUUCUCUAGGGACUAGAGUUCUGAGUAUUUGAGUUCCUUCUGGCUAAUAGCUUCUUCAAUUCUUCUCUGUAUGUAGAAUUUCUUAAUUGAAUGCUUGUAGCUACUGGUUCUGAUAUCUGUAGAGAUCGCCGGUAUAUGAUCUAGGUACCUUUUUUGCAAGUAAAACCUCAUUUGCGGUA